AUGCCGGGUCCAUUGCCACCCCCCGGUGCAGCAGCGCUUGCAGCUGGCUCCAAUGCGGAUCAACCGUUCAAGGAAACCAUUUUGCAGCUGCUGAACAAUCAACACACGUUGAUGACCCGCAUGGCAGAACAGAUGGCGAGCAUACAGGGAAACGUCCAGAACGCCAAUCGGAACGAGUGGUAUGCGGAUUUAUUCGAAAAAGACGCCUCUAAGCUGGACGACGACGCAAAGGUACGACUGCUGCUCCGCAAACUCAACCCCGCCGCACACGAAAGGUACACUUCGUUCAUUCUCCCCAAGCUCUCAAAGGAAUUUUCCUUCGACGAAACGGUUGCCAAAUUACAAACCAUUUUUGGUAGCCCCGUUUCGACCUUCCAUCGCCGGUACCAGUGCCUGCAGACGGCGAAGGAUGAGAACGAAGAUUUCAUCUCCUACUCCUGCAAAGUCAACCGCGCUUGUGUCGAUUUCAAGCUGCAGGAGCUCAAAGAAGACCAGUUUAAGUGCCUGAUUUUUGUGUGCGGGUUGAAGUCACCCAGGGAUGCUGACAUUCGGAUGCGCCUGCUUUCGAAAAUCAACGAGACGCAGGACAUAACGCUGGAGAAGGUAGUGGAGGAGUGCAAGAGUUUGAUAAACUUGAAGAAGGACACCGUACUCAUUGGGAGUCAGUCUGCAUCCACCUCCGGUGCUGCUGCAACGCAUGCUGUUCGAGCGAAUUCUCCCAACGGCAACCGCCGUAAGAAGGACAACUCCAAGAAAAACAAGGGGAAGCAGCAAAACAAACACCACGCAGCCAAGAUCGUGACCGUGAAAAAUGUGAACCGCAGCCGGCGGUACGUGGAGACAGCGAUCAACGGGGUUCCAGUCGACUUGCAGCUGGACUCAGGCUCGGACAUAACGAUCAUCUCCAGGCAGAACUGGAUCAAAGUCGGAGCGCCCCAAACGUCUCCCCCCGAUUGUCAAGUGCAGACCGCAUCUGGCGACAGAUUGGGCAUCGAAUCCAUGUUUCGAGCAUCGUACACCAUCGGCGGAACGCAAAAGGAAGGCUCAGACCUCAUGGAUGAGUUUGGGCUCUGGGACGUUCCGUUUUCGUCGUUCUGCAAGCUGGUCGGCAGCUCGCAACCAAGCCAGCAGGUGCUCGAAAUGAAGGAGAAGUUCCCCGAUGUGUUCACCAACCGUAUGGGACUGUGCACCAAAACACAGGUGCAUCUCACGCUCAAGCCGGACGUCCAGCCAGUGUUCAAACCGAAGCGGCCAGUUUCCUACAACAUGGAGGCCGUUGUUGACGACGAGCUGAAGCGGCUGGAGGAUUCUGGCAUCAUCACUCCAGUCACCUAUGCGGAUUGGGCCGCACCAAUUGUCGUCGUUCGGAAGCCCGAUCGCACCGUUCGCAUUUGCGCGGACUUCUCCACCGGGCUAAACAGUGCACUUGAAUCGAACAACUAUCCACUCCCACUCCCAGAGGAUAUUUUCAACCGGAUGGCGCAUUGCACGAUGUUCAGCCACAUAGAUCUGUCGGACGCGUACCUUCAGGUUGAGGUCGACGAGGAAAGCAAGAAACUUCUCACCAUCAACACCCACAAGGGGCUCUACCGCUUCAACCGGCUUUCCCCCGGUGUCAAGAGCGCCCCUGGCGCCUUCCAACAGAUUAUGGAUGUCAUGCUGAGUGGUAUCCCGUGCACCUGUCCGUACCUCGACGACAUCCUGAUCGGUGGACGAACCGCCGAAGAGCACAAGCGGAACUUGUACCUUGUUCUACAGCGCCUACAAGAGUACGGGUUCACAGUCAAGCUCGAGAAGUGCCGUUUCUUCAUGCGUCAAGUCAAGUACCUAGGCCAGCUUCUGGAUUCGGAGGGCACCCGCCCUGAUCCGGACAAGGUGAAGGCAAUCAUCAACAUGCCUCCGCCACACGAUGUUUCCACACUUCGAUCGUACCUAGGUGCGGUAAACUAUUAUGGCAAGUACAUACGAGAAAUGCGCACCCUACGCCAACCGCUGGACGAGCUACUCAAGGAGGGUUCCAGCUUCCAAUGGUCCGAUGCUUGCCAACGUUCUUUCGACCGUUUUAAGGAAAUUCUCCAAUCGCCGCUCAUGCUGACGCACUACAACCCUCGCCUAGAGAUUGUCGUGUCCGCAGAUGCGUCGAAUGUGGGCAUCGGCGCCCGCAUUGCACACCGAUUUCCCGACGGACAAGAGAAGGCCAUCUACCACGCAUCCCGAAGCCUGACGCCCGCCGAAUCUCGUUACAGCCAGAUAGAGAAGGAAGCUCUAGGUCUGGUGUAUGCAGUCACAAAGUUCCACAGGAUGAUCUACGGAAGGCAGUUUGUUCUCCAAACCGAUCACAAACCGCUCUUAGCGAUUUUCGGUUCCAAGCGUGGUAUCCCACCAUACACCGCCAACCGCCUGCAGAGGUGGGCCCUCACCAUGCUCCUGUAUGACUUCCGGAUCGAGUACGUCUCCACAGACCACUUCGGGCACGCAGACAUCCUCUCUCGCCUAAUCAACUCACACGUUAAGCCAGACGAGGAUUUCAUCAUUGCCUCGAUUGAGGUCGAAACAGUCAUCUGCAACGUCGUCUGUCAAUCCAUCGAGCAUCUCCCGAUCUCGUACAAGACGAUUGCCGCCGAGACCAGCCAGGAUCGGACAUUGCAGAAAGUUAUGGAGUACGUGCAGAAAGGUUGGCCAAGCGAUGCAAAAUCUCUCUCCGGAACACCGGAGGUUCAGCAGUUCUUCGCGCGUCGUGACUCGCUGUACGCAGCUCAGAAAGUCCUGAUGUACAGUGACCGCAUUGUGGUCCCGAAGAAAUUGCAGCAGAAAGUCCUUGAGCAACUGCACAGAGGACAUCCUGAUUUCGCUGGACCCAUCAACGACACGUACUUCCUGCUAGUGGUGGACUCGUAUUCGAAAUGGCCGGAAAUCAUUCCGACCAAGCGCAUUACCACCGCUGCGACAAUUUCCAGUCUUCGAAAAAUCUUUGGGAGAUUCGGAAUGCCGGAAGUUCUGGUGACCGACAAUGGGCCGCAGCUAACCAGCGACGUCUUCGAAGAGUUCUGUGAAGCAAAUGGGAUUAUGCACCUCAAGACAGCACCGUUUCAGCCCCAAAGCAACGGCCAGGCGGAACGCUUCGUCGAUACGUUUAAAAGGACCGUCAAGAAAAUCCAAGCGGGAGGGGAAGACCUGGACAAAGCACUCGACAUCUUCCUUACCUGCUACCGAUCAACUCCGUGCAGAAGUGCACCUGGUGGGAAAUCGCCCGCUGAAAUCCUGAUCGGUCGUCCGCUGCGCACGUCUCUGGAACUCCUUCGUCCACCCAGCAAGUUCACCAAGGCUACCAAUAGCAAGCAAGAUCGGCAGUUCAACGAAAAGCAUGGUGCCAAAGAGAAGAACUUUGAAGUGCAAGACAAGGUGUACGCCCAAGUGCACCAAGGCAACAACUGGAGCUGGGUCGCCGGAGAAAUCGUGGAACGUGUCGGACGAGUGAUGUACAACGUGUGGCUUCCGGAGCGGCAACGUCUGAUCCGCUCUCACAGUAACCAACUGCGGAAACGCUACAAUGACGUCAACGAAGUCCCGAACCAAGUUGAACCGUCCAUCCCUUUGGACAUACUGCUGGGCGCUUGGGGUCUCAAUCAACCUGAAGACUCCCAUGCAUCCAGUGUAGAACCGCCACCUGCAGAACCGGAAGGAUUCGACGACAUGCAACGAGAGUUCCUGCGAGAGCUGUUCGAGUCAACGAAUCAACCACGUCGACCUCGGGUACCAGCUAGAGCAAUCGACCCGGAUGAAGCGCUCCUGCGUCGCUCCUCGAGACAGCGGCAUACACCGGUGCGCUACGAACCGUACCAGCUCUACUAA